CUCGUUGACGACGGUUAAGAUCUCGUCCACCGAGAGGAUUUAUUGAUUUCAAGACACACGACGGAUAAAAACACAACCCCCCGAUAAGUGGGGAGGCGGCUCCUCUGACUGCGCUGUGUGACCCCCCCCCCCCGCAGCCCAGAUGACCGGCGGACCUCUGGGCUCAACAUGGAUCCUGUGAGCUACCAGCGCAUGUUGAACGGGGGGCAUCCCAGUUUGGUGUUGGAUCGCGUUUUGGGCACUUCCAACGUGAAGUACUGUCCGAAGUGCGGAUUUGCUUCCAUGGACGCCGCAGAGUUGAAGAGGCACAUGCUGGAGCACAGGGGGACGAGGUUUUACUGCGUCUACUGCAACAAAGUCUCGUUCAGCGAGGCCGAGUUAAACGCUCACCUGAAGCAGCACAGCUCCAAGUAUCCCUUCAAGUGUCCUCACUGUGGACAGGGCUACAUGCGGAGGUUGUGCCUGGUUAAGCACAUUGAUCGCUUGCAUAAUAAAAACACAAGUCAAGGACCUGCUAAGCAAAACCCCCAUGUUCCCGUCUCCAGUGCCUUAUCAAGUGUGCACACUGCUGAUCCAGCAUCACUCCGACCAACCAUUCGGGUGAAUGUACCCGCCCCGACUGCACCUGCAGUCAGGCAGGGUCGAGAUGAACUGAGAGUGAAAACACUGGAAACAAACGCGUCGAACGCCACUAAUGGCAACGCAGAGCAUCUGACCCCUUUGAAUGGACUCAUUCAGCACAACAGGGCUCUGACGGUUUCUCUUCCGGAAGAAGUAACGAUCCCCGCCGGCUGCUUGGUGGAGCUCGUCGAGGUGAAAACCGUCAACGGGACGAAGGAGCUGAAGCUGAGGCUCGUCUCGCAACAAGAGAACGAGUCCGUGAUCAAAGAGACCAGGUCCACAGUCUCUCAAAACACGUCCCCGGGAAAGCCCUUCCUGUCCUCGUUGAGUCACCCGAACGCGAUGAAGUCCAUGAGCAUGGGGAUGUGCACGGUUAACAGGAAGCAGUUUGAUUCAAAGACGAUAACUGUGGAGCACCCCGCUGUUUGUCCAGUGAGUAUUUCUAAAAACAUCCCGAGUCAAGUGAACAAAGACAAAGCUGGAUUUAAAAGAGCGUCGCGGGAAAUAAUCAACUUGGAAAGUCACAGGGUCGUUCCAAACAAGGUUCCCAAAAGCGCCCUGAAUGCUGUACGAGAGGGAAGCGCUGCGGUCAAAGAUACGCAGAGCGAGCCCGUGAGUCAUAGUGCGGCGCUGCCCUCUGUCAUCUGCAACCGGGCUGGCCAACGGUUUACCGGCGCCCCGCAGCCAGACGGCAUGGCCUCAUGUGUUUCUCAGAGGGCCGUGGACGAGAGGAAGAAUUUAAUUCCAGAGCAUUCCAAGAAACUCCCACCCAAGAGGGGGAGUGACGCCAAGGUCACUCCUCGAGAUGUUUCGCUGCCUGUAAAGCUGGAACCGGGCGAGAUAAGCCUCAAGAGCGACGACACUUCAGAAAUAAAGACGGAGCAGGUGGGCUUGAAUCAGCAACACUCUUCUUGUCCUUCCUUGAGUGUCCUCUUGGCUGCAUCCGCCCAACUGAGGCCUCCAGCGACUCUAGUCUGCAGCGAUACAGUUUCAAGUCCGUCUUUUUCAAACCCCAGAAGUAUAAAUCGGUGUUCGACCGUCAAAGAAAUGUUGCUUUCCAGCCGCAAAGGUCCAAAGAUGUCGACGUGGACCCAGGAAGUCGUGUCCAGGGAGAGAGCCGGAGAGGCGCUGGAGCCCGAGGGUUUUCCCGUCAUCUCCUCUGUGUUUUCGCUCAGCCAACAACCAGAGGACGUCCAAGGCGCCAUGCAACCGCUGGUCAUGGCGCUGCGUGGUAUCGUGAUGGAUGAAAGUAACGGUCCCAGUAGCAGAACUCAAGAUCACAUCAAGGUGGCAAACCUGGCGAAGGAAGCGCUGGCGUCCUGCGCUCAGGCGGACACAAAAGAUGCAUCCAUCAUCCACGAGCUUUUAUUAGCAGAGCGGGCCGGGAGCACAACUCAAGAGCACGUCGAGGUAACGGACGGCGCGGAGCCGUCGAAGGAGGCGCUGGUGUCCUGCGCUCAGGCGGACGUAAAAGAUGGAUCUAUCAUCCACGAGUUAUUACUAUCAAAACUGUCCGGUAACGCAACUCAAGAUCACGGCGAGGUCACAAACGGCGCGGAGCUGGUGAAGGAGGAGCUGGUGAAGGAGGAGCUGGUGAAGGAGGAGCUGGCGUCCUGCGCUCAGGCGGACACGAAAGAUGGAUCUAUCAUCGACCAGCUUUUAUUGACGAAGCAGAUCGGGGAGGCGGCCACAGAGGAUAAAGGUAAUCAGCACCCUCCUGCGCCGACGCACAACCACAUCAAGAAUGAAAAACCAACGACUAAGAGGAGGAAAAGUAAGAAAAGCCGUUGCACUCCCGCUUUAAAAUCGUCAACAGGUGAGGAAUCCUUUCCCCAAAUCGCCGCACACGGCGCUGCCGAGCCGCAACAGCAAACAGCCAAAGGCGAGCACGACAUCUCGAAGUUUCUGACCGUCUCGCUGAAGCGGGUACAAGUAGGCCUGUGGAAAAAGAACAAGAAGGGGCUGAAACUUAGAAUAUCCAAAUACAAGAUUCAGGUACCGAUGGACAGUCUGACCGACUGCACGGUUAUUUACCCGAUGCCGCUGAAGUCGGACCAGCUGGUGACGCGGCCGAGCCCCUACCAGCCCGUGGUGGUGCUCAAUCACCCGAAGCCCCGGGCCUCCAUUCAGGGCGCGGGGCCGGACGCUGUCGCGGACACGCCGGAGUCCGUGCUAGCGCCAAAGUGCCAAAUCUUAAAAAUGAGGCUGAGCAAAGUGAUGGGGCAGAAGUAUGAGGUGAUGGGGUGCACCGUCGGCGUCUUCCCAUGACUCGUAUCGGCGGACGUAUCGCUUGCACGUACGCGUACGUUGAUGAGAAAACGACUAGUAUUACAAUGACGGGGAGACGUCGACUUAAAGAAAGACAAAAUAUGAAGGAGCGUGAGAUUUUAAAAACAAUGGACAUUUUGAUCAUCAUUGCGUUACACGUUUGUUGUUUGUAUAGACAUGGAAUGUGGAUUAUCGAAGUGCAAUGCAGUUUGAUUGCUUUGAGUCCCAGAACAUCUGCUUUAGUCGACUGCGCUCACCGAUACGCAGAUGUUGAGUACUCUUACAGAUGUUCGGGAAACCAGUAGAGCUCUUAGAGUCGAGGGCAUAAAUGCAUGUGCUGUUUACUUAAAAAAAGGAUGACAUACUGUGUUUGUUUUGUUUUUGUUAUCAGAAAUGUGUUACUGUUAACCUGGCUCCUCUAAGACACACGCUGAAUUAGGGGCAGUACACCUUGAGAGUAUCAACUCGGAAUACAAACAAUGUCAUAAAGAUGCUGAACGUGCACGGAUCCAAAUUGAAUGAUAGGGACAAAAAUCAAAAAUAAGUCAUGAGGAAAUGUUUGGUUUGUAUCGGGCAUCUAUUGAAGCCUGAUGCAACAUUUAGCACAAAUAAUAUACAGUGAAAUAAUGUCUUCUUUUAAAGUAUGAAUCCCUGUUUUGUUUUUGUUUUUUAAAUGCUCAAAUGAACAACAGUCUGAAGCAAAGAAAACUAAUGUGUUUCCGGCUGCCGCAUAUGGUCGGAGAGCACUUCUUCCUUUUUGCUUUCUGUGAUUAAGUUGUCUAGACAAUUAUAUUGCAUCCAAUAAGUAAUUUUUACACUUGCCUUAAAACUGAUCAAUAAGGCACGUCCGACAAAUCCGGGUCACUCUGAGAUGACAGCCAGUGUGACGUGUGCAGCACUCAGUGUAGGUCAGUAGUGCACUGGUGCAUUCAGGCACUCUUUGCCAACUUUAAAGAUGUUGGGAGUUAUUGCGUUGCUGCGUUGUAUUUAUUUGGUCAACAGUCACUGGUAAAGUGAACUGGACAAUUGAAAUGGAAAAAAGACACACUACACGAUGUAAAUAAUGGAAGCUGGGCACACACACACACACAUACACACACACACACACUACUGUUUGUUAUUGUUUUCAGUUUGAAUGCUUUUUAAAUCACUGGGUGUUGCAGAGAAUGGACAUUACGUUUGCCAGUUGUCCUCCAUGUGUUGUAUGACGUUACAUGUCUCGGUUGUACUGUAAACUUGUAUUGCGCCCUAGUUUCUACCAGUAUUUACCACGUUGCUGGCCUUUUCUCGGUGAUAAGCCCUAAUGUUUCAAACUUGACCCGUUUACGAUGAGUGCCUGAAUGCACCGCGAGUCUCGGCUACACCUUUGACUACUCCUCAGACUCCAGAGGGAUGAGAAAAACUAAGUCUUCAAGAAUUGUUCUGUUUUUUUAAUUCACUUUUUUCAAGUCUCCGUUUUUGUUAUUCUUGUCACAUUUGUUUGUUUUCAUGAAUACUCUACAUGUGAUCCAUCGCGGAUAUUUCUUUUGAUGAACUUAUUUGAGGCAACACUCCCAGAAACAAGUGUUAACGCUAUCGUCACGUGACGCCUCUUUGCAGCUCCCUUAAACAGAAUCCCAACACAGAGCUGGUCCCAAACUGGUUUAUUACUGGUUCUGAAAGCCACACGCUGUUAUUUGAUCUGAUGUCCGUACUAAAUGACUGUGGUGAUUCUGAGAACCUGUUAAAACCAUCGAAAGGACACAAACAUCUUCUUUCCUGAUGCUUGACAGAACUGUCACUGUUCUCGCGACAGCAGUACAUGUGUGUUUUUAAUCGGUGACCAUGAUGUAUGAAGUGCUAGACCUAUCAAUUAGUAGGUUUUGGCUGCCCAUUUUUUCGUGUGUGUGUGUGUAUAUACGUUUCAAUCAUUCGCAGAUUUUAUCGUGUACAUACCUAUAAAUAUCAAAUGUGAUAGCUGUUGUUCAUACUGUGUAGGGAAGGGUUGACAUUCCACAGCCUCCUCAGCAAAAGCAGUCCUGUUGUGCUGACGUAUUUUAUUGUUUGUUAUAUAAAUAUAUAUAAUUAUUAUUUUAAAGGGGUUUAAGGACGUGCCAGUUCUCUGAAAGUUUCUUUGCCUUCCAUUCACCUCUUAUUUGUGUUUUUUGACGUCCCUAUUAAAGCUGUUUUUGGUUUAUUAUUUUUGUUUAAAAUCGUGUUCCAUGCUUUUCUAAUAACAAAUAUGUAACUCCUCUUUUUUUCUAUUAAAACAUGAUCAUGGUU